UAAUAAUACAAUCGCUUUCAGAAACAUGCCCAGCUGGGCAGUAUAAAACUUGCAGCAUGAUAACAUGUGAACUGUGCCCUCCGGGAACGUUUAGAGAAGCUGAAAUGGAUUCAACCAAGUGUGUCUCUUGUACGGGAAACAUGAUUAGUCCUAUAGAGGGAGCUAUUUUCUGUAGACAAUGUGAUGAUAACAUAUUGGCAAACUCAGAUAAAACUCAAUGUGAUAUCUGUGCACCUGGGUGGUAUUCUCGCAAUGGAGGAAAAGAACCUAGCUGCCUGAGAUGUGAUCCCUCUGAAUACCAACCAUAUCCUCAACAAACCCGAUGUUUAGCCUGCGCUGGAUCUGUGAAUAGGGAAAAGACAGCUUGCUUGCCUGUAAGUGCCAAUGUCAGGUGUGGGCCUACUUCCAUCACACUACCGUGGUUGAAUAAGGGAUCACCUAUAGAAUUUGCAGAAACCUGGGCAGGAAACAGAAGCUCAGCUAACUGUCCUGGAGAUCCAUACAAGAAACUUUACAAAGAGUGCACUGUAGAAGGAUAUUGGGAUGAUCACACUGACACCGGUGAAUGUGAUUCCCCACUGUCAUCUUGCUUGCAAUCAGUACUUGAAGUUGAAAGUGACUUGAAUGCAGACAAAGUACACGAUCUCAACAAGGAACUGAACUGUGUUGCUGACGCGGGAGCAGAACUUAUACUGUCCCCCAGAGACACUCAUGAAAUUGUUGAUCUUCUUUCGAAAUUAACCAAACAUCCUACUUCUGAGGUGAAAGAGCUAAGUUUGGUCAUGAUAAGGUCAAUGGAAAAUCUGAGGAGGGGAGAAUCUGAAUUUUUGAAGGAAUCGGAGAAAUCAGAGAUAAUAAAGAUUUUGGAAACUGUGUCCAAGUCCAAUACAGAAGAUAACAUAAUAACAACGGACUCGAUUGUAUUGCAAUCAGUCACCCCGACCAUGUCUAAAGAAAAACCUGCCAUUAACCUGACAGCUCCUGAAACUGUCCCAGCAGACGAUCUUCCCAUCAUGCUAGAUUUCGGAAACCAACGAGGACUAAAAAUAAAUGUGGCAGUCAUGGAUGAAUCCUAUAAAAAAAUGCUGCCGAAACCAACAACUCCAAAUAGCACUUUGGGCUCUCCAAUAGUCUCAAUCAACUUUUUAGACAGUGAAAUAAUGGACGGCUACAACUUUUCACUGAUCUUCCAGCAAAAGAAGGAUUCGACUAUCUCUGGGAAUAACAUCAAAAGAACAUGUGUAUAUCUUGACGUAGUAACGGAUGAAUGGCUGACUGAGGGUUGCACAACUAUCCUAAAUGAAGACAAAACCUGCAUGUGCACCUGUACUCAUACAACAAGCUUUGCAGUGUUGCUAAGUCCAACAGAAGUGACAGAUCCAGCCCAGGAUAUCUUCAGCUACUUUAUGUCUGCAGUAAACCUUAUCUUCCUGUUCCUGACUCUUGGCCUGAUUCUUCCGUUCAAGAAGCUGCGACAGAAGCAGGCCACUCUGAUCCAACUUAAUCUUAUACUGGCUCUGAUAUUGGCUAACCUGUCCUUUACCUCCCUUUCUGCCUCUACCAAAAUAACUGUGGACCAAUCUGGUAACCCUCUAUUGUCAUUAAACAAAGGAUGUGUUGCAGGUGUGAUCAUUACCCAAUACUUCUUUCUGUCUGCUCUUUCUUGGAUGGUAUGCUGUGCUUGGAACUUCUUCGGAAAGAUAGUUAAUGCUAUAAAGACCUUCGGAAAUAAAGACAAGUUUUUCUUCCACAAGUGUGUAGCUGUAAGUUGGUUACUACCACUGAUAUUUCCAGUUGCAGCCUUCUUGACGUCACUUACACUGAAUAAGGAUGACUACUCUACGCCGUAUGUUGGAGCAGCAAGAAAGAAUGACACCAGCUGCUGGGUUGAAGAUCCUUGGAAGUAUGUUGGGUUCAUGGUGCCUGCGUACACUAUUAUUCUCUUCAACUGUGUCUGCUUUGGAAUGAUAGCUAGAGUAAUUAUCCGAGCAGCAAAGUCUGGAAGUGGAAUUUCUAGUUUAGAAAGAACAGCUAAAGCAUUGAUGAUGGUUGCAGUCUCAAUUGGGUGUCCUUGGAUUGUGAUCGCCCUUGCAGUUGGUCCUGGAGCUGUGUACAUGCAGUACUUUUUCAUUCUUCUAACAGGACUACAAGGACCUCUCCUUUUCACUGCUUUGGUCGUGUUCCAAGAAGAUGUCAAAGACAACACACUUGCUUUAUUGGGAAUAAAACAGUCUAAGAAAGAGGAGGGGAAACAGAAUGUCAGCAUUACUCAGGCUUCUGUUGUCAAUUCUAAUCCUUAUGCAAAUUCUUCUCAAGGAGCUGAAGCAGCUGUUGCCGAGAAAAAAGAUGGAAGAAAAGAGGAAGAUAUAAUAUAUGAAGAUGUCGAAGAAUGUGAGAUAGCAAGGAUAGAGAAAGGAUCUGACUAGAUUGAAUCGGAGGAGAAAGAAAACCAGGAUGAUGGAAAAAAUUCCCCAAAUCUAGUAUAACUAUGGACUAAGAAACCAGUAAUAACCUAAAAGGAAAUGGUUUGUUGAUAGGACAGUAAACUUCAUA